AUGCGCCGUCCACAGGCUUCUUUCACUCCCCCGCACCCUGUCUUCGUCCUCUCGUCCGGGGUCUUUGUGGGUUCUCCACCUCCUCCACUCAAUCCCUCACGACGAACACCCUCAUCUCAGCACCCUUUCCUUGGUGCCGAGAACGCCGGCGGGCCCACCGCCCUUCCACAAGCUCAUCAGCGUCGCUCCGCAGUCGAUGGCUUGGGCGAUGUAGCGUUGCAGGCGGUGUCUUGCAGAGAGACUAGUGCACUAGGGCGGGCCCGAGGGAAGGGCGCAGGCGCUAGCGAGCGCGGCCGUCCGAAUUCAGAGGUAUCCAGAGCCACGGACCGUGUCGCUGGUGCAUCUAAGCGUCUCAGUGCUGAUAUCAUCCUCUGCAGCCCAUGA